GGAACAAUUUUGUUGUCAUUGACUCUGCAAGCAGAAGACUCAAGACCUGCUUAUGUAUGAAUAACGAGCUAUGUAUUCUGUACCUCUGCAUGUGGCACUAAAUGAUGGUAACUUCAUCCCUGUACUGGGGUUUGGAACCACUGUGCCUGAGAAGGUUCCAAAAGAUGAAGUUAUCAAGGCUACUAAAAUAGCUAUAGAUGCUGGGUUCCGCCAUUUUGAUUCGGCUUAUUUGUACAAAAUUGAAGAAGAAGUAGGACAGGCCAUUAGAAGCAAGAUUACAGAUGGCACUGUGAAGCGAGAAGAUAUAUUCUAUACUUCAAAGCUUUGGAGCACUUUCCAUCGACCCGAAUUGGUCCGAACUUGCUUGGAAAUGACACUGAAGAAAACACAAUUGGACUAUGUUGAUCUUUAUAUUAUUCAUUUCCCAAUGUCUCUGCAGUCAUUUUUAGUUAUGAUGCUUAUUACAGAGAAGGAAAACAAACUAGAACAUGUGGUUCUCAAACUACUGACCGUUGGAGAUUUGCCUGGAGACGAAUUCUUUCCACAAGACGAGCAUGGGAAAGUGUUGGCUGAUACAGUGGAUCUCUGUGACACAUGGGAGGCCAUGGAGAAAUGUAAAGAUGCAGGAUUGGCCAAGUCCAUUGGGGUGUCCAACUUUAACCGCAGGCAGCUGGAGAUGAUCCUAAAUAAGCCAGGGCUCAAGUACAAGCCUGUGUGCAACCAAGUUGAAUGCCAUCUUUAUCUCAACCAGAGCAAAAUGCUGGACUAUUGUAAGUCAAAAGACAUCACUCUUGUUGCCUACUGCACAUUAGGAAGUUCACGAGACAAAAAAUGGGUGGACCAGAACAGUCCAGUUCUCUUAGAAGAUCCAGUUCUUUGUGCCAUGGCCAAAAAGUACAAGAAAACACCAGCCCUGAUUGCCCUUCGUUACCUUUUGCAGCGUGGGAUUGUGGUUCUGGCCAGGAGUUUCAAUGAGAAGCGGAUCAAAGAGAACAUGCAGGUUUUUGAAUUCCAGUUGGCUUCAGAGGACAUGAAAGUCCUAGAUGGCUUAGACAGAAAUUUAAGAUACAAUACUGCAUUUUUCUUUGGUGAACAUCCCAAUCAGCCAUUUACUGAUGAAUAUUAGUAUGGAGGCCUUUGUCAGAAUUCCUACAAGAUCUGUGUAUGCAUCAUGCUAUGAGAGAUAUCUUGGUUAAUGUUGAUUGAACACACCCCUUCUCAUCAGGACACCUUGUCUGUCAAUUCAAAAUCAGCUGGAGCUAAGUGCCCAGAACCAUGAGGGAAGUCAUAUUUUUGUCACAGUCUGAAAUAGAACAUCAAAUUGUUUUUCCUGAAGAGUCUUGUGUUUUUAAACAUUCGUUCAUUUUUAUUUUACAUAUCUGAGUGUUCUCCUUGCAUGUAUGUGUACCUUAUGAACGCCUGUGUCCAUACAAGGAAGAAGAGGGUGACAGGUCACCUGGGACUGGAAUUACAAUAGUUGUAAAUCACAGUGUGGAUGCUGGAAGUCAAACCUGAGUCUUCUGUAAGAGUAGUAAGUGCCUUUAAACACUGAACCAUUUCACUAGGUCCUACCCUAAAUGUUCUUGCCUGCUACUAUUUCUGUGAUUUCAAUGUUUUCUUUCCUUCUGACACUAACUUGACUUGCCCGGAAGUCUUGGGCAUGAAGUGGAAUUGAAGACAAUCUUUUAAUAGAUAAUUUCUUUUUUUGGUGGGAGUUGGAAGAAUUUUCAACAUUUAGGAAAUUAACAAUUACAGGUUAUUGAUAGGUCAAUAUUCCUCUGCUCUUUUGAGGAAGAAGGAAAUGCUCUACAGUUAUUCCAUUACUCUUAGUUUGGAGUUAUAGCACAUGUGUCAGGGGUGACCAAGAAACCUAGGGUUCUCUCCAACAGACCAAAGAAAAAAACUCCAAGAGCCUGGAGAGUAAUAUCUCCUUGUGGGAAGGUUGGGAGGUUGGUAAAAAGAGAACUAAUUUAAAAGAAUAAUUAUAAAACACAUGUGGAGAGAUAGAGAAGAAACCUGAGCAUGUCUCUGCUUGGGAAAUAUAAAUAUAUAUUUGGUAAUUACGUGUUACAGGUAAAAGGAAAUACUACAUAGAUUUUUUUGAGACAGUUUCUCAUUAUAUAGCUCUGACUGCCAUGACACUUGCUAUGUAGACCAGGUGGUCCUGGAACUCAUAUAUCAACCUACUCCACCUCCAGAGUGCUGGGAUUAAAGCAUUGUACCUAUAUCUGUAUUAUUCUACAAUACCUAUAUAUUUAAAGACUCUUACAGAAAAGAGAAAAUUAUCAAAUGCAAUAAAAUUACUAGCUACUUAUUAAUAAUUCUUACAAAAUAUGAAUCAGUAACACAAUAAAAUUCUAGUAAAUCUAUUGAAAUGUGCUGAUACAAUAAAAUUGUCAUGUUCUUAUUAAUAAAUGGAAUAAAAUAUGUGAAUAUUAUAA